UUAUCUUAGGUGAUUUAUUGGGCUUGAGUAAUGAAUGGUAUGGAUACAAUAAAGUCUAGUUAGAAUGUUAUUUUUUUCAGGGAGUGUUGAAUGAAUAACCAAAAUUAAAUGAUGGUGCAUCCAAGCGAACUUUUAAGAUCAAAUUCUGAAAGAGAUCCGGGUUUCACCGCUCCUUUAGCUGACUACGGAGAUGAAAUAGAUUGCGGCUGUAUGAUUUUGCCUUGUUUGACCGAUAGACUCAAGUUACAGAGGUACGCUAAACCCGAGUUUUUUGUCGGAGUAUUAUGCUUUGCGCAUUUUAUUCACGGAGCUCUAGCUCAAUAUUUCAAUGGCACAUUAUCAUUAUGGUGUAGCCACUAUCAUAUAUCAGAAAGUUUCAUAGAUAUAUUGUCGUACAUAAAUGAUAUCUUGAUUGGGGCAGUUGCUUUAGGUUGGUCCCACUGGGGUAACAAAAAUCAUAGACCCAAAUGGCUCGGAACAUUGAUUAUAUACUUAGCGGUUGCCGCUUUUUCGCUAAUAAUCCCAGAGAUUUAUCAACCGUUUAAAUCCGAAGAAACCAACAUAACUAGCAUACAAGAUGAAAUGCUGUGUAAACAAGACCUUAACAAGGAUUCGGUUGAUAAUUUUGCUGUGAAUAAUAAUGCCAACAACGAGAUUACAGCAUAUAUAUGUUUUAUUGUAUAUCAAAUGGCAUAUUCCCUGUGCACAAUUUCACUACUAACUCACGGAAUAACGUAUAUCGAUGAUCAUUUAUUUGCUACAAGUGCCAAACAUAUUGCACUUCUAUUAGCAGCAAGAUCUGUUGGUAACCAAGCAGGAUUAUAUGCUUCUUGGAUUCCGUAUAUUUUUCAUCACCAAAAUAUAUUUGUUUCACCAGUUUGGUUGACAAUUAGUGCACUGACUUUUGUAAUUGGUAUUCUUGUAAGCCUGUUUCCUAGAAUGUUACCAAAUCUUCUUUUAAAAAAAUCUGUAAUGUCUUUGCUAAAUAUCGCUAAAAGAAAUAGUAACGUGGACAAUGAUAAUAUGCAACAUACAGACGGCUUUUUUAAUAGUAUCCGCCGCCUGCUAAAAAACAAAACUCUUGUCUUAAACGUGCUGAUAAUAGCCUUAAUGGAAGCAGCUCUCACAAGCUUCGCCGCUUUGGAGAAGUACUUCAACCAGACCAAAUAUCACAUGCCCAAAACAAAAGAUCUGUCUGGAUAUAGCGACCCCAUGCUGGUGCAACUGACCACUAACCUCUUGAAGCAUCCCAUGAUAGCUACUUGCUAUGGCAUCACGGGAUUGGUCAUUGUGUACACCAAACCAAAAUCUACCAGUUUAGUCAAAUGGAAUAUAAUAGUUUUUACUGUGGUUUUGUUGGGAUUUGCAUCUACAGGUUUUAUUAAUUGUUCGACGGAUAUAAAAACACACUAUUCGGACAGGCUGGGAUAUUCCCACUGCACUCUGAAUUGUUUGUGCACUUUGGAUGCUUACUUUCAACCUGUAUGUCUUAAUGGCGAGACUUAUUUUUCGCCCUGUUUAGCUGGCUGUACUCAAUUCAAUGCUAACUUAAAGUUAUACGAUAAUUGUCAAUGUGGAAAUGGAAAUAAUACUGCUCUCCCUGCUUCCUGCGACCAAGAGAAAUGUAAUAUUUUGUGGGUAAUCGAACAAGUAAAUAGCGUCACAUCAUCAGGUCUUUUUGCCAGUACCUUCAUCUCCACCUUACUCAUUACACUGAGAUGCAUUUCAAGUAGAGAUAAAGCCCUAGCCACUGGCUUCUACUUUGCAGUUCUAGGACAUAUUUCUUUAAUAUUACGGACCCUUUAUUCCAUUGCAGCAAAUAAUUUUUGCGGUAUAAGAGGAGAAAAGAGAUGUUUAUUCUAUUCAGACUUAUUUACAAGGUUCCUUUUGUCUUCGACAUUGGCACUAAUAGGACUAGCGAUAGUGCUUUCUAUCGUUCUUGUGUUCUUCGUAGAUGGGCUAGAAUUGUACCAGGACAGUCCAUUAGAAAGCAUUUCGGAUAUGGCAAGCAUAUUUGAAGACAACUCAUCCAUAAAUCGCUAUGGCGCAUCUCCAGGACAAUCUCUGGACGAUCUUAAUCAAACUCAAGCAAGUGUCAAUAGAGGCGAGGAAGAACGAACAUUAUUAGAAAAUAAUGUCCCACCUUCUGGCACUAAUGCCAACAGAAAUGUGACCGAAACUGAACUUUAGACAAUAGAACAAAUAUGUCCGUUAAAAUAGAGUAUCCCGCAUAUUUAUGGUUUAGGCCAAAUGGUAAAACAUAUUAUGCAUAUAGCCACUAGUUUUCGCGAUAGACUCUCUAGCAAGCAUAGGAGAACAAAACCGUUUGCCUAUUAAAGUAUCAACAGGCUGUCUGUUAUAUUGCGAACAUAACCCAGUUUGAACAAUACUUUGUUGAAUGCACCGUCUCAGGAAAUUGAUUUCUUCGAGUAAGACAGUCGGACACGAUGGAAAUAAAGACUAUCAAACAGAAUUGUGUACGAUUGAGUAUUUUAGAAAGUCUACAGGGUACAGGGUUCGGCAAUAGUGCGUCGGGCAUCUGUAGCUCCUAUAAUAAAAAACAUAGAAAUUUUGUUCGAGUGCAAACUGCAGACUUAAUGUAUGUAUUAGGAUGUAUUUCAGGAAAAUAUUUUAACUUUUACAGGGUCGCGAUGAUUUUUUUUAAAUGGAUUACCCCGUAUAUUACUGCAUUUUUGGAUUCCUUUCUGAUCACUUUACAU